AUGUUUGCUACUAAUGUGAGCCAUUUGGACCAGAUCUUGUCAUCUCUACAGUGCUAUCCCCACAGUUCUCGUGUCCGUGGAGACGUGUAUAAUCUUUUGGGCCAAAUCCCGUCAUUGCAACCCAAUUGCGGCACCUUUGCUCAUAAUGAUGGAACGACUAGUACACUGCUUAAUUUGGAAGGAACGAUCCCUAUUUUCUAUCGAGGGAAUCAGUAUAAUAUUCCAAUCGAGUUUUGGAUCGUCGAGACGUAUCCUAUGACUUCCCCAGUCUGCUUUGUACGACCCACAGCUGAUAUGAUGGUCAAGCCUGGACAUCCACAUGUGACGAGCGACGGAUACGUCAAGAUUCCAUACAUUUCCGACUGGAGACCAGAUUUUACAAUGCUCGAGCUUGUGGCUCAUAUGUGCUCCAUUUUUGGCACUAUGCCGCCGGUUUUCCGGCGACCACUAAACUCUAGCCCAUCGCCAUACCACAACCAAUUCAAUGGGAGUGGUACGUUUGGUUCAAGUGGUGAAAGUGGCACGGGUGGAUAUUUCCAGCAGGGAUCGUACGCACAGACACAUCCGCCACAGCCGUCACCGUAUUAUUCUUCGCAAUUUCAGACUUAUUCGAGACAGGAAGUGUCAGUGAAUGGAGAUUCCCGUGAACCUGAUUCUCUUUUUGGAGGCAGUCAGCAAUUUCUUGGAGGAGGAGGGUCGUCGUCGUCGUCGGGUUCUGGGAUGGUUAGAUCGGGGGAAGUGAGACCGGAAGAUUGUGCUUCUGCACUUAAAGCCGAAGUAACAGGCAAGAUUCAGAUGCAGUUGGAAAAAAUAUUUAAACGCGUACGCGACGAUAUCGAUCUGCAGUUUGAGCAUGAGGUCCAGCUUACGCAGUCGCGGGAGAACGUAGAGCAGGGACUGCAGUCAUUGCGUUCUCUGCGUGACGACAUUGCUCGUGCACAAGGAGUUGUGGAGAUGCAGGACAAAGAGAUCACCGCGUGGCUUGAAGAGAAUGAGCACAAAGAUUCAAUGGAUCCAGACACGAUUUUGGUCGAAGGCGAUGCCCUUUCAAAACAAAUGAUCAAGACAUUGGCUGAACAGAACUCUAUCGAGGACGCACUCUACUACAUGGACCGUGCUUUGGGCAACGACGAGAUUGAACUGUCGGUGUUUCUAAAGGAAGUACGAAAACUCUCUCGGAAGCAAUUCAUGUGUCUCGCGCUCGUCGAGAAAAUACACGCCAAACAACAAGAACUCGCGGCAUCCUCGUACCAUAGUAGUCAAUGA